CAUUGACAAGAAUGAGUGCUUCUGAACAAGGACCUUCAACUAAAAAUACUAAGUGAGUUGUCGAAGAAGACUCAAAAGGUCCAAAUAGAGAAAUUGCUAUAGAUUCAUUUGAUUUUAGGAUUAACCCCAUUAAGAUCAGACUGAAUAAGAAAAGUCAAAUUGUAACUAAAUAAGAGUGGGAAGAAUAAAUUUCUAUCAAAAUCCAUCUUCAAAUCUCGAUCAAAAUCUAAAAAACGUAUUUUUAAAUCAGGAGGUCAUUUCAAGCUUCUUGGACGAGUCAUAAAUGAAGAUGAAUACUUUGAAGAAGCAUACCGGACCAACAUAUUACUUGCCAAGAGAUUGAAAGCUAUUGAUAAUCGACAGCCAAAAAUGCACUUUGGAAAGAAACCAGUGAGGAUUAAUUCCUUCCUCCGGAAGAAAAGCACCUAAGAAGGUGAUAAAUAGAGAGAAUGUACUGAAAUAAACAUAGAAAUUUACAGAGUGCCAGACACAGCAAGCGCAGGAUAGCUGACCUAACAAUCUUUCCUAGUGAAGAGGCUGAAAAUAAAGCAGAGGAUAUUGACCAGCAGAAUAAAACUUUAAACUUCUUCUCUGGAGAUAAAAAUAAUGAUAAACUCCAACCUAAUUAUCAUAAAUUACUUGAAAACAGUGCUAGAAUUGUCUCAAAGAAGAGAAGCAGGUACUUCAAGCUCAAGUCAUUAGGGAUCUCAGAUAAUACUUCUCAGACAAUGGACACUAAAGUUCAUAAAAGAGAAGAUAGCUCAAGUUCAAAACUGGGCAGGUUGACCAAAAGAGAACAAAGGCGACUUUUUAACUACAGAUUUAUCAAAGGGUCUACUGAUCCAAUCCCUCAUUCUUCCCAACUAAAUUCCCUCAAAAAGACCGUGAAGGACAUUUAUGACAGAAGUGAAAGACUCAUAUACACUAGUGAUUGAGGGAAAUCUAAAUUUCAAUAA